AUGCCUUCACCAAGAAGGACCCCUGCGUCAUCGAGUCCUGCCCAGCCUCAGUCCCCUCAUUACAACGCUGAAAACGCUGAGAAUACUGGGAACGCUGAGAACGAGGCAGUGCUCGCUGCGGAGGAGGCGGUUGACGAUGCCACUUCAGAUUACGGAGGUACUGCAUCGUCAACAACGAGUGUGAGCGCCUCUAUUCUCGACUAUAGAAAGGAGAACGGCAGGACCUAUCAUCGGUACAAAGAUGGAAAAUAUAGCUACCCCAACGAUGAGAGGGAAAACGAUAGACUAGAUUUGCAACACAACCUGUGGCUCCUUACUUUCGACAACCGUCUGGGAACUGCACCGCCGAAUGACCCAGAUUUCCCGGUAAAUCGUGUUCUGGAUGUUGGUACGGGAACUGGACUAUGGGCCAUUGAGUUCGGCGAUGAGCAUCCCGAAGCUGAGGUCCUUGGCAUUGAUCUUUCGGCUGCCCAACCAGAGUUCGUACCUCCGAAUGUCAAGUUCGAGAUUGACGACAUUGAAGAGCCAUGGACCUUCUCGAGACCGUUUGACUAUAUCCAUAGCCGCCUGAUGACAUCAAGCCUCGCAGACUGGAGAAAAUACCUGCAAAAUUGUUACGACAAUCUCGCACCUGGUGGCUACCUCGAGCUGAACGAGAUGGACCUGAUCCCGACCUCAGACGACGGGACUCUUACCGAUGAUCUCGCCUUCACUCAAUCCCUGAAACUCCUAGGCGAAGCAAUGGAGAAGCUGAGCCGCCCGUACCAGGACAUACCGGAGCUCAAGGACAUGAUGGUUGAGAUCGGGUUCCGUGACGUCGUCUUGGAGAGGUACAAGUGGCCGACCAACUCCUGGCCGCGGCACCACAAGUACAAGGAGCUCGGCGUCUGGCAGAAUGAGAACCUGACGGCCGGCAUGGAGGGCUUCAUUAUGGCGCCGUUUACGCGGAUCCACGGGUGGUCGAGGGAGGCGGUCCUCGUGUUCCUUGUCGAUGUACGGAAGGAUAUCAAUGAUCGGAAUAUCCAUGCCUACUUUUCAGUGUAUUCUGUUUGGGGGAGAAAGCCGGCGGCGAAUGAGAGAGGUUGA